UCUUAUUAAGCGCCUUUUGUUUUGAAAAUUUGACCUUUGACCCCGCGCAGUCUGCGUAGGGCAAACCCGCAGAGAAGAACAAUGGAGAUCACAGCGUGAGACCGUGUUUGCGAUACGAUUACGGCCGUUAUAAUGAGCUUAUAUUAUCAAACAUUGCCUCCGGCGUGCCAGCUACAAUAUAGGGAGAAACUUUCCAAACUUGGAGUCGACAAAGUAUGCAACGAUCCGUUUGUGCAAGAUGAAAGUUGGAUGGACAGUGUUUCAAAAUGGCCAGACGUUGAAUUUGGUGAAAUUUAUUGUUAUUUAGUGGACAGUCCUGGACAAUUUACGAGAGAGACUCUCAAAGCGUAUCGAUCCUUUGAAGCAUACAACUUUUUUCCAUAGUGGAUGGGUUCACACUGUUUAUUAUUCCAACCUUGACUGCAACGACAAUUUUUUGCUAAAGGCCAAAGUAAACAGGUCGCAGGUGCUGUCGGAAAAACCUCAUGAAGACUGGGUGUGUGUAAAAAAGAAAGAUGGUACCAUCUUGAAUGCCCAUUGCACGUGUAAGGCGGGGUUAGGUGAGGUUUGCUCGCAUGUUGCAGCCAUCCUGUUUAAAGUAGAAGCUAGUGUGCGCCUGGGCUACAAUAGAGUGGCAUGUACAUCAAUGCCAUGCACGUGGAACCAGACUUUCACAAAGAAGGUAGAAGCAGUUCCACUUUCUCAAAUCAUCUUCAAGAAGACAGACUUCCACUUAUCAGCUGAUCCCGCACCUGUAGACAACGACCUUGUCAUUGAAAGUCCUGAUUCCUUUCUCCAAAAGUUGAAGCAAACAAAUCCAACCGCAGUGAUAUUCACAGUGACUGAUCCUGUUCCAAACCCUCCUAUACCAAAGCCUGCUUUACCAAAGUUGUUAACAUCAUUAUACAGAUCCGAUUACUGUAGCCUAUCUGAAGCAGAACUGUCUUCAAGAUGCCCUGAUGUUUUAGAGGAAAUUCAUGUCACCCUAGAGGAGGCCACCGACCUGGAGAAGCUGACUCGUAAGCAAUCCUUGUGUACGCAGUGGCACACUCACAGAGCUGGACGACUGACUGCCUCAAACUUUUUUGAUGUAUGCCAUACCAACCCCAAGAGACCUAGUGCAACAGUGAUACGCCGUACAAUGGACUACUUACCAAAUAUUCAGACAGCGGCCACGAAAUGGGGAAAAACAAACGAGGAAACCGCCCUAACGGAAUACCAGGAUUUGAUGCAGAAGCACAAUCCAGGGUUUAUUAUUCGGCAGAGUGGACUCGUGAUCAACCCUGAAUAUCCAUCACUAGGAGCGACCCCAGAUGGUGUUACUGGGUGCCCAUGUUGUGAUAAAGGACUUGUGGAAGUUAAGUGUCCGUACAAGCAUGUCAGUACCAGUCCAUGAGGUGAAAGACAAGGGAUUUUAUUUAAAACCUCACUCAUAUGGGUGUGUAUCAUUCAAAGACGUCAAACUGUGCUCGAAUUCCUUAAUUAUAUCCUCAAAAUAUUAUUACCAAGUCCAGGGACAAAUUGCCAUUUGUGGAGCUGGGCACUGUGAUUUUGUGUGUUGGACAUCCAAAGGACUUCACAUUGAAAGAGUUCUCAGAGACCAGCCAUUUAUAGAGGAAAUGUUUCAGAAACUAAAUGUGUUUUUCCUGAAUGUCAUUCUUCCCGAACUUAUGACAAGACGUCUGAAAGACUGUGAUGAAAAUAACAACACAGUUGACAUUGUUUGUGUAUGUGGUAAAGCAGAGGACUAUGAUGACAUGAUUGCGUGCGAGUCUGGACAUUGCAAAGUUGAAUGGUACCACUUUAAGUGUGUAGGACUGAAGCAAGUUCCGCAGGGAAAGUGGUCCUGUCUCACAUGUAGAAAGAUGCCCGCAGCGAAAAAAUCCAAAAAGUGACAUUUUUUAAACUACAGGUGUUCUUCAAGUGAUGUGCAUUCAUUACAAAAGUGGACAUGUGCUUUAAUAGAGAAUGUGUUGUUUCUUCCUUGAAAUAUCAGUA